UACAGCGCAAAGUUUCAUAUAUCUCCGAGUACCAUCAGCAGUGCACUUUUAACCUUCAUUCAUCACUGUCAAUAGAUUAAUUAGAUAUAAAAAAAAUUUAAAUUGGCACUAGCAAUAUGAAAUGGCUGAGCUACAUUUUCCAAAUUAACAAAAUAGAAAUUUUGUGUCACUUGAAACGGUGCCAAUGUGUGGUGUGUGUGUCCUAAUUAAUGGUCAUUCUAGCCUUAGCUUAGAGUUACACCGAAGCUGCCUCCCAAACCUAUAACCUUUGUGGAAGAAUGUCAGCUUCACAAGUCACUGUUUCCCUUUACACCGUGGAUUAAAAAUAAGGAGGCUUUAUUUCUCAAUUCACAGAUCUGCUGACAUUGUUAUUUUAAUGACCUGCAAAUGGAAACCCUAUUUAAAGAGACUUUGACCUGACCACCUGUAUCAAGGAACAUUCAAUAUUGCAUUUAAGACUGCAAAUGAAUGAUGGCUGGGAAAGCGGAAAAGGUGUCCAAAUACGAAACUUCAAAGCUUCUGGAAAAGUGCCGUAAGGAAAGAGACGAUGCUUUGCACCGCGAGAAUGUGAUGAGAGAGAAAAUGAGACAACAUGAGUCUCGAAUGAGAUCAACCGAAGCUCUCAAACAGAAACUCAAGCAAUUAACAAUGGACAACAAGGAGCUGCGGAAACAAGUGAAGAUUCUGAGGGCUGAAAUUGGUUUAGAGUCCAGUCCCAAAUUUCACGGUAAAACCACCAAGGAUAUAAUCAACGACCUACAUGAGAAGGAGCGCGAGUGCAGUUCACUGGUUGAAAAAGCGGGAAAGCUAAGUUUUACCAUUGAUGAACUAACCUCUGAACUGGCCAACACUGUCACCUCAAAGACUCUUCUGGAAGACCAGGUCCAUUCCCUGCAACAGAACCUGAAGGACAUGACAAACAACCAGCGUCGUCUUCUGAAGCUCUGGGAGGACAAGAAGGCUCAGCGGGAACAGCUCUCCCUGCCCGCAAUACCACAGAGACCCGGACAAAAGCCGGUGGUGCAUAAAGGCAUCCAGACGGAGAUGUCCAUCAGUUCAACCCAGAUAUUACCCACCAAUGCGUUUGAGACCAAGACCCGCCGAGAGUUUGACAAAAGCAGAACUAAUCUGGAGAGACGCAGCAUCACGUUAGCAAACGGCACUCAUCGAGAGAAAAAUGCGUUAAUUCAGAAUGAAGCGAAAGGAAUACACAACUGACAUUGUCUCAUGAAACAUCUUUUCGCAUUAGGCUGCUGUAAAUAAUACUAUAAAACACAUAUGUUGUUUUAAAAAAAAAAUUAAGAAAAAACAUACAUUAUUUGAAGACAGUUACCAGUUAUUUCUUAUGUGUUGGUUCAUUAUUACAUUUUUAGAUUGCUGUUUGAUGUAAUGCUCACAACUUUUGUGUAUAAUGGAUUACUGUUUAACAUUAAAUAUAAAAUGUAUUCAUUUUUAUUCUGCUUCCCUCUAUUUAAUUAGUAUAAUGUAGGCUAAUUAAUAGGGCAAGUGUUCAAUAUGUAAUUAAUUUAUAAUGAUCAAAAAUAUGCUCCGCUAUAUCUUAAAAUCAAUUAAGUAAUUAAUUUGCGUAGAAUUACAUUGUUUAAAGGGGAAAUCUAGCCAAAAUGUCAUCAUUUACUCGCCCUCAUGUUGUUCCAAAUCUGUAUGAUUUAUUUAUUUCUCUGCAGAAUACAAAAGGCGAUAUUUUCAAGAAUGUUGAUAAUCACCAAACAGUUUUUGUUACCAUUGACUUCCAUUAUGGAAUAUGAGCUCAAUUCUCAGAUAUUUAUUAGAUUUUUUUUUAUGUUCCACAGAAAAACGUAAGUC